GAAUUCACCUACUCGGACAUCUCCGAGCACAACACCAAGAAGGACAUCUACAUGGUCGUCCACGACAAGGUCUACGACUGCACAAGCUUCGUCGAUGAGCACNCCAACCCCACCCUUGCACUAUGUGGUAUCACAAGAAAAAAAGGAAGACCCCAAUCGAUCACACCACACACAAUCAGCACAAAGAAACCCCCUCUCGAGACCAAACCCGCUAACCCUCCCAACAGUGGCGGUGAAGAAGUAAUGCUCGACGUCGGCGGCCAAGACGCCACCGAAGCCUUCGAAGACGUCGGCCACAGCGACGAAGCCCGCGAGAUCCUCGAGGGCCUCCUCGUCGGCACCGUCAAGCGCCAGCCCGGCGACCCUUCCCCCAAGGCCUCUGCCCAACCCACCUCUUCCAAGACUUCUGGCCCCGAUGCUGCCGGUCUGGGUGCCGGUCUCUAUGCUAUUCUGCUUGUUGGUGGUGCUUUGGCAUACUUUGCAUACUCUUACCUCCAGGCAAAUGGUGAGGUCAAGAACUAA